UUGGUUGUCGAGGUGAAAUCUCAGUUGAAAACAAACGAACAAGAUUUCUUCAAAGUGGCAGUUGAGAUAAAGAUCAUGCUUGAUUCAAUGGUGGAGCGGCAUGUCCCUGAUCUGGUUGUAUUUGGAGUUUUGGUAGAAGGUUUUACUAUGCGCACAUUCAAGAUGGACCUCGAAUAUGAUCGAAUUUACAGAUUUAUCAAUAUGCGCGCUUGCUACUUACCACGAGGAAGAAACGACAUGGGUGUAUUGGAAGGAACAUUACGAGGACUAUUUCAGUUGAAGGUCAGUGCUUUUUUUGUACAAAGUCUCAGUGGAUCAAUCACAUAUUUCUAA